AAAAAAAAAAAAACAGAGAGAGAGAGAGAGAGAGAGAGAGAGAGAGGGGGUGUGGUGUGUUUUGCAUGAUAUACAUAUAUAUUAUAUUAUAAGUUUUUAGAGAAAAGCGGUUGUUCUGAAGUAGUGAUCAUGGACGCUGCGGAUACUCUGAUGCCGCCGACUGCGCCGAUGGCCGUGGCGCAGCAUGCGGCGGUGACGCCGCGGCCGACAAUAGGGUUUCCGCUCGGGACGGCCCUGCUGCUCAUCGUCAUCUUCUGCCUCAGCGGCAUCUUCUCGUGCUGCUACCACUGGGACAAACUCCGAUGCCUUCAUCGCGCCGCUGCUGCCGCCGGCGGCGGCGGCGGCGAUCCCGAUGACCAGCAGCAGCAGGCUUCUAUUGCAGUGCUUCCAAUGCAUGGCCUGCAUCCAUCCUUCUCUUUUAUAACCACAACCACCACCUCUCCCUCCAAGAUUCCCUCCAAAAAACAGAAUCACAAGCAGGAAAGGGACCAAAGCUUACCUGUUAUAAUGCCAGGGGAUCAGAUUCCAAAGUACAUGGCAUGGCCAUGCCCUUGCCAACCUACUUACAAUUUGCCCACAACAGAGAAGGUCCUCAAAGAGGUGGUAAUCCACUCCUCAAUUUCACCAAAUUGACACUUCAUGCAAAACUAUUUAGAGUAGGGAUUCAUUGACACAAGGGUAAAAUUGCACACUUUUUACACCUGCUACAGAACUUUAAUAAUAGAGAGGCUUCAGAAUCAAAAUCUAUGCCAUUGAAUGUGAUCUACAACAUCUGAAAGGCUCAUAUGUAAAAUAUAUUAUAUAUAAUUUUUCAAAACCGAUUUGCUAAGCAUCAAGCAGUGCCGAAAUCGAUGUCCGUAAAUUUCGAUGAAGACUAUUGUUUAAUGUAAAAAUUUGUAAUAUUUUUGCGUGUAGGUCUUUUAAAUGUUGUAAAUAACAUUAGAUAGUUUCGAUUUUGUUUUUUUUUAAGUCCUUUAUUGUUGAUUUUCACAAAAUUUAAAAAGUGUGUAACUAAAAACUGUGUAAAUUGAUCCUGAUUUUUUUUUUUUUCCUAUUAUUCAUGGAUGAAUGUAAAUUCUUGAGUUUGUUCCCACUUGCAUAAAACAGAGAACAGUGCUGUUCUUUUGGCUUUAUCUAAGAGUGUUUGAGUUUAAUUUUAUUAAUUAUUUGGUCCAUUUUAAUUGCAUACAUUUUCAUUCUACUUCAAUAGAAAUUUGUUUUUCAA